AUGACGGUGGAAGGUACCUUCUUCGUCCUCCGGCUAGAAGAGAUCAUAGUCGACGGUGCCGGAUCAUUCCCAGUCCCACCUUCCGCCCCUGGAUUAAGGACAGGCAACAUCAUCAUCGGCUCCGGCACGACCAUAAACUUCUUGCCCGCCGGCGUGCUCUCUAGUUUGGUGCAGGAGGUGUCGAGAGUGGUCAGCCUGCCCAAGGCUACUGAUUCGGACGGCACUCUGCCGCUGUGCUUCACGGUGACCGGCGAGCCUGACAGGCAAAAGUUACCGUUUAUCACGUUUAAGUUCGCCGGAGAGGCGUCGAUGAGGCUGAGCCCGAAGACAAUGUUCAUGGACGAAGUGUCCUUCGACGGACUGAUGGUUUGCCUCGCGGUGGCGGAUUCUGGCUUCGGGGCUUAG